CUGGGCCCACGCCUGUCCCCUGCCAGCAUUUGGAGCUCAUGGCACGUGGCUCUGGGAAAGCACGUCGUGCAGGCCUGAUGGUGAUGGUGGCGGCACCGGGUGGCGUGUCCCGCGGUGACCUGCCAGGCUGUGUGUGACGCGUGCUGCCUCGUGGUCUUCAGCCUUGCCAGGUCUGUGACAGGUGUUUGUUCCAAGGAAGCAGGGAGGCACUGGAGAUGUACAGUCACUGCCCUUUGCAGGGCUCCCCGUGGCCACGGACUCCAGCCCCAGCUGAGUGUCCCACUCGAGCUGCGCUCUGCUGCUGUUAGCUCGGUGACGCUUGCAAAGCAUUUGAAGCCUCCGUCCUGAGUCAGAAGUUGUUCCUGCCGAGCAGGUCUUUACUUCAUUGUUGAUUGUAACUGAAGGCGGAGAAUUCUGUAAGAAAUACUGUGGAGGCUGCUCCAUGCUAAUACAGAAGUGCAGAGACAGCUCAGCCUCUGUUCCAGCCUGGGUAGAGUGGUGUGGCAGGGAAAGUGUCAGGUGCUUUAUUUCUUGUCUUUUUGUCUCAUGGAUUUUUUUCCAAGCCUGCCUUCUGGGCCAUGGUCUCUGGUUCUCAGUGAGGAGAUGAGCAGAGGGGCAGAGCUGUGCUGAGCUCUAGGAAGAGCUCAGUGGCAGGGCGCAGCUGUGUGACUGACCAGAGCCCUGGUCCCUGCGGGGUGGAAGUCAGGGCAUGGAGGCUGUGUCCCUGGCUUCGCCUCUUCCUCUCUUUGCCUCCAUUCCCCUUGUUAUGGCGCUGGGCUGCAGCCCCCGUGCCGCCCAGCCCAGCAUGGUCCAUAAAAUGGCCAGGACAGUGUGUCUCGUGUGGCCUCUUUUCUUGCUGUUGCAGGGUCUGCGGACCCCAUGGGUAGGGGGCGGGUGUCUCAGGGAGGGGUCCUUAGCCACACCCCAGAAGCCACAGGAGAGGGACUGCCUGAGCAUGAUCACCAGGUGGUCCUUCAGGCCGGAGUGGACAUCGGAUGGUGGCCUGGAAGAGACAGUUAAUCCUUUUUGGUGGCUUCCAUGAGAGUACAAGAGAUUACAUCUAUUACAAUGAUGUGUAUGCCUUCAACCUGGACACUUUUACAUGGAGCAAGCUGUCCCCAUCCGGGACUGGGCCCACACCCCGGUCGGGCUGCCAGAUGACCGUCACCCCUCAGGGCAGCAUCAUCAUCUAUGGUGGCUACUCAAAACAGAGAGUCAGGAAAGAUGUGGACAGAGGCACCCAGCACUCUGACAUGUUCCUGCUGAAGGCUGAGGAUGGGAGUGAAGGCAAGUGGUCGUGGACACGGAUUAGCCCUUCUGGAGCCAAGCCCACGCCGAGGUCCGGAUUCUCGGUGGCUGUGGCCCCAAACCACCAGACGCUGCUCUUCGGAGGGGUGUGUGACAAGGAGGAGGAGGAAAGCCUGGAGGGGGACUUCCUCAACGACCUGCACUUCUACGACCCCGUCAGGAACCGCUGGUUCGCAGGGCAGCUGAAGGGGCCCAAGGCGGAGAAGAGGAGGCGCAGGCGGGGCAGAAAGGCGGAGCCCGGGGGCGCCGACAAGCAGGUGGCGAAGGGGCCCAGUGCCCAGGAGCCCCUGGAAGUGGUCAGGGAGGUGGUCUCAGAGGACGGGACCGUGGUCACCAUCAAACAGGUGCUCGCUGCCCCUGGAGCAGCGGGACAGCUGGAGUCGGAUGACGACGACGGCUCCGAGGAAGCAGGUGUCGCCCUGGUGGAGCCCAGCCCCCGCUCCAAUGCCAUGCUGGCCGUGAAGCACGGGCGCCUCUACCUCUACGGUGGCAUGUUUGAGGCUGGCGACCGCCAGGUGACCCUCAGCGACCUCUACUGCCUGGACCUCCAUAAGAUGGAGGAGUGGACGAUCUUGGUAGAGACAGACCCAGAAUCUCAGGAGUGGCUGGAGGAGACCGACUCCGAUGAGGACAGCGAGGAGGCCGAGGGUGCUGAAGGUGGCGGGGAGGACGAGGAGGAGGAGGAGGAGGAGAGCGGCGAGGAGGGCGGGGAGGAGCACCCCUCAGUGGCACCUGGCGAGCUGUUCGCAGACUACCUGCCCAGGACGGAGCAGCACUGGCUGAGGUGUGCGCGGGACAGCGUCGGGCCCGGCGCCCCGGAGGGGAGGGUGCUGAGGGCCGCACAGGUCCUGGCCCAGGCCUUCUACGACGGCUCUGCUGGAAGAUGGACUGAGGGAGGCGCGGUUCCCUGCGGCUUAAAAUAAACUGACCUGGCCCGAGGCACUGCCCCUCUUCUGUGCUGCACGUCUGGCUGGGCCUCUGGCAGGUCGGGGCCGGAGUGAGGGUGAGGGUGAGCUGCGUCCACGGUGCAGUGCUGGGUGGGACGCGGGGCUCAUGGGGCUUCCCUUGGCAGGAGCAGGAGUCCAGCUCUGCCUGACUGCACGGUCAGCUGUCUCAUUCGUGUCUAAAAGGUGCCGGUAGCCCCCUACCGCUUGCUGUACAAUUUUCUUAGUUCUUUGGAAAAUAAAGUGCCUGCCGGUG